AAAGGAUUUUGCCUCCAUAAACAGAAAAGCGGGAGGGAUAACUUUUUGGACUUGACCGCGGGGGUCCUCUUUUGACGUCGCGCUCGCUCUUGGUUUCAAGUCUCGGUCGCUCUUGCUGCUUGAGGAUUUAAGGACCCCGAAGAAGCCAUCCGAGGCUCACGCUCACGAUGUACAGCUUCAUGGGAGGGGGGCUGUUUUGCGCCAUCGUGGGGAACAUCUUGCUGGUGGUCUCCACGGCCACUGACUACUGGAUGCAGUACCGCCUGUCAGGCAGCUUUGCCCACCAGGGCCUGUGGCGCUACUGCAUGUCAGGAAAGUGCCACAUGCAGACGGACAGCAUUGCUUACUGGAACGCCACACGUGCUUUCAUGAUCCUCUCAGCCAUGUCCUGCUUCGCCGGCAUCAUCGCAGGGAUCCUGUCCUUCGCCCACUUCUCAGCCUUGGAGAGGUUCAACCGCUCCUUUGCUGCAGGCAUCAUGUUCUUUGUGUCAACGCUGUUCGUGCUGCUGGCUAUGGCGAUCUACACGGGGGUGACAGUCAACUUCCUGGGCAAGCGUUUUGGCGACUGGCGCUUCUCGUGGUCUUACAUUCUGGGAUGGGUGGCGCUGCUCAUGACCUUCUUUGCAGGUAUAUUCUACAUGUGUGCAUACAGGAUGCACGAGUGCAGAAGAGUGGCUGGCCCACGUUGAACGCUAGGCACGAACAGCUUGUCGGGGAGGCAAGAGAUGAGGACGAACCGUUGGAAAAUAACGAGACAACAUUAAAAAGCAAUAAAAUUGGCAUUUAACUACAUGCUAAAAUGCAUUUUGGAUCCGUCUAUUGUUGAUACGAUAUAAUUUUUCUUUUUAAACGAUGAGAUGAAAUGACAUGAGAAAUGAUAGUUAUGGAAAAACUGGUUAUGUUAAGCUGUGGUAAAAGAAAAAUAUGACUUUUUCAUCAUUAUUUGAUCGCGUCUAUAAUUGCGCGAUUAACCACGAUCACAGGUUUGGGCACAAUUAAUCGCAAGUUCUAGUGUAGUUGUGAUUAAUCAAAUGGUCUUCGCAAUUAAUCUAUGUUAAUCACAUGGUCACCUGCAAUAAAAAGCAAUUAAUCGUAAGCAGUGUUGUUAAUAACGGCGUUAGAAUAUAACGGCGUUACUAACGGCGUUAUUUUUUUCAGUAAUGAGUAAUCUAAUUAAUUACUUUUCUCAUCUUGGCAACGCCGUUACCGUUACUAAGGCGGGAAAGGCGUGCGUUAUUAUGCGUUACUAAGUUGGUUGAAUAAAAAAAGUCUGAGAGAAACGGACUCACGGAGACGAGAGAGCAGAGCAGGAGUGGGGAAGACGCCGUUGCAACCGCGAUGCUAGGUGACUCCAAUAAUACCUGACUGUAGCCAUAGCCGACAAACUACGCCCACAUGACACGGUAGAUAUCAUAUUACAGAACUAGAUGCAAAUGACAGACACAUCUGCAUUGGCAACAUGUUUUAAGUACUACAUGCGUUAGUAAACAGCCGCCAUCUUAAAGCAGUAGACCUCUCAGGAAGGCUCUGAUGUAGAGAGACUUCCUAGCGAACCUAAGUAACUUUUUUUUUUUUUUUUUUAAAUCUAAAAUGCUCCUAAAUCGGCAAAAUCUUAACUUAAAUCUAUCUUUAAAUGAUGAAACAGUUUAAAGUAGACAGAAGGGAACUAAUGCAAUAACGGGAGCAAUUUUAACAACUUUAACGGUUGAUUCACAACUUUAAA